UAAUGGCGGGCAGAGGGGCGGGCUGGGCGAUAGCGGAACGUCCGGGUCGUGCUUCUUCUGCUGCUUCUUCUUCCUGCGAGGGCGCGUUUGAACGUGUCGGGGGCGGAUGCCAGUUUGCAAUGGGUCUUAAAACCAUCUGGAAGGACUACAAAGUUCUGAUUGUUAUGGGAACUGGCCUUGGGCUGGUACACUGGGGCUGGUUUUACAUCAAGUCCAGUCCUCUUUUCCAAGUGAAGACAGAGGACUAUGUUCCAGAACCUGGAAUUGUGACAUACGUGAUGCAAAGCGAUCAAAAAAAUAAAGAAAAAUAACAUUAGUACUGUGUAUUGUAGGUGUAACUAACGUUGAAGCUUUUCAUCUGUGACUGUUGCCAGAAAAGAUGAAGAAAACUACCUGGAACAGAAAGAACCUGCUGCUUGUAGUAGGACUGUCAGUUAUAGGCGUCCAUUUAGGAAGCAUGCUUGUAAACUUUGUUGCAAAAAAAUCUGCUCAGUCACAUUCAGAAGUUAAAAGAGAUCGUCA